AUGCAAAAACCCCAAGAAGUCAAUGAGUUGUAUGAUUCCUAUUUUAAUAGUGGGAUACAUGAUGAUAUUGAGUCAUGCUUAAGGAUAUUAAUUGGUGAUAAAAAAAAUCGAAAUAAUAAAGAGGCACAAUUGAUCAUUGUAAAUACAUUUUCAAACAUUAACACUGACGUUAAGGCUUGCUUGGGUACAUUAGAAAUACCUUGUCAAGUAGAUAAACUUUCGACAUUUAAAACCGAAGCUCAACUACAAGAUCGAAUAAAACGUUUUUGGUUGGAUAGUAGCGAUGAACUUUUAAUUCUUCAAUGUGAUCAAUCAAUGGUAAAUUCCAGUUGCAUUAAAUUGGCAAAAUUCAUUAUUGAACAAAUCCGAACGAAAUAUUUGGAAAAAAAGCGAAAAGUUGACAUUGAUAUGCCAGUAAAACAUGUUUGCAUCAUUCUCCAUAUUCAUCGUGAACAAAGAAUAACUUCUAAUUUUGAUUUCAUGUGUGGAUGGAAUCAAAUUACUGUUGGAACUCUAACACCAGAAGAAAAGAACCUGCCAAUUCUUCUGGGUGGAAAAAUCAUAAAUGUCAUGAAUUCAGUUUUACCAUUCGAAGAGAUCUUAGAACAGGAGUUAUUAUGGUGUCUUCUAUGUAUUAAGUACCCAUCUACAAUGGACUCUGUAGAGCAUAUCAAAUAUCUUGUCAAUGAAAUUCCCAAACAUCCACGGUUUGUAAAAAUGUUGAAGCAAAGAACAUUGAAAUGGUUAGAUGAGAAUGCUUCAACCAAUUGGCAGCUGAAAGUUGCCACUGACAAGAAAGUACUUUAUUUACAUUCAUCAUUCUGCGCCGCUCUUCAGGCAUAUAUCCGAGUUGUUGUAAGAAAGCAUAUUGCUAAACUGUUAUGCGUACUUGAACGGCUGUCUGCUCUUAAAACUUUACUAAAUCUCGAAAGUAAAAACGGUGAUAACUACCUUAUUGAAUUUUGGUAUCAGAUGUUUGAUGAUCAUAAUGUUGUUGAUGUUGAAUUCUUGAUGGAUCCGAAACCUGAUAACUAUCCCAUGACAAGCGGUCCAUAUACCAUGGAAUUUCCCUUUUCAUAUUACCUUAUCAAACAAAUUAAUCUUUAUGAAAAACUUUAUUUGGAAGAUGUUAAAAUACUUAAAGAAGAUAAAAAUAAUAUCGACAAUAAUACGGGAGAUUUAUCAGUUAAU